AUGCACACUGCAGAGCAAUCGCUCAAGUACAAACCAAGACCAGUGUCUCAUUGACAAAGUCCAACUCAGUCAACACCACCCACAAACCCCCGGCAACGCAGCACAAUUUACAUAAUGACAACCCCAUCCUACCAAAUCAUCCCCGCCACCACCCCAACCCACAUCACCACCACCCGCACCCUCUUCCUCACCUACGCCCAAUGGCUCAACAUCGACCUCAGCUUCCAAAACUUCGACGCCGAACUCUCCUCCCUCCCGGGUAAAUACGCCCCUCCCGACGGCGAAAUCCUCCUCGCAUACAGCACCUCCUCCCCCAGCAUACCCCUCGGGUGUAUUGCUCUCCGACCACUUCCUGACCCCGAAGACCCCUCCUCUUCCCCCUCCACCUCGCGACGUUACUGUGAAGUUAAACGGCUCUGGGUAGCCCCUGAGGCGCGGAGAAUGGGACUGGGCCGGGCAUUAGUGGAUGCGAUUAUGGCUCGGGCGAAAGAACUCGGGUAUCGGGAGAUGCGACUCGAUACGUUGCGGAGUAUGGAGGGGCCGGUCCGGUUGUAUAAGAGUUUGGGGUUUGUGGAGAUUGAGCCGUAUUAUGAUGCCACCAAGGCGGAGAGGUUUAAGGAGAUGGUGUUUUUGGGGAGGGAUUUGUGGGUAUAACGUACACAGUAUGGAUUACAGAUAGAUGGGAUGGGGGUCUUCUUUGUUCAUAUUUUAUUUUGAGAGGGUUGAUAGAGAAGAUAGAAGA